UAAAGGCUCCUCUAGGCUUUGAACGGCAGUUGAGGCAAACGUCAUAAAUGUAGACCGGACUCCAUUUGCUUUUCCAAAAUCGUCUCCAUGCCGUUCGAUUGCCUUUACGGAAAGGGGUGUGGUUUCCGCUAUACUGGGCUGGACGACAAGGACUACAAAGAGACACCCUAACGAUUUCAUCUUAUACCUAAUAAUUCAUUCAUCUUUUCAAAGGGAGAUAAAAAAUAAACACGUCUUCCCAAAUCCCAGAUGCAAUUGUUUUUCUCUCUAAUAAUCUCGAGUCCGUUCUAAGGAUUUCACCGCUUUCCCCCUAAUCUCUUAAGGGAAACGCCCACCAUGAAGCCGCUAAAAGACAUCUGGAGCGAGCUCUCCAAGCCUCUGCCCGCGGGGUUGUUGGGCGCCGAGCACGUCGGGCCCGCCACCGUCGUAUCUCCAAAGGAGGUAUAUGAGCUGAGCUAUAUCCUCCACAGGUCCGAAUUCACGCACCUGGCCGAGGGCCGCGCCAACGCCGUCUUCAGGAUCAGGGAGCCGAAGGACCCAGGCGUGCCGGCGGGCUUCUUCCGCGGCACCCUGCUGCGCGUGCCCAAGGCCACGCCCGACGUCGUCCCCUGCGACUACGAGUCCCUGCAGGACUUCCAGGAGAAGUUCGUCGACGUCUGCGUCGGCCGCCAGCACCUCGUGCCCCAGAUCCUCGUCCGCAUCACCCAGGCCGUGGCCACGGCCCUCAACGCGAGGCGCGACGCCGCCCUGCGCGCCAACGCCAACGGCAAUGGUAAUAUCAAGGGCUGCGACCUGAAGAGCACCAUCCUGCCCGGCUACGCCAUGCUCGUCGAGGACAUGGGGCCCUCGCCCGGCUGCAAGGCCCUCGAGUUCAAGCCCAAGUGGCUGGCCCAAUCCCCGCUAGCCCCCGCCGACGCGACGCGCUGCCGCACUUGUGCCCGCGAGGCGUUGCGUCUGGCCAAGCUGCGCAAGAAGGCGGGGUUCCGCACCGCCGCCGUGCCGGUGCCGGCGCCCGUGUGCCCGCUCGGCCUGCUGCACGCGGACCGCGCGGUGGUGAUGAGCACGCUGGAGCGGCUGGCCCCGGGGCCGUCGUGGACGGAGCGCGACCGCGAGCGGCUCGCCGACGCGUUUCGGGAAAGCGGCGUGCUCGAGCGGCUGCGCGACUUGCAAGAGGAAGGCGACUCCGGGGACGCGCUGUUCACGCGCCCCUCCGACCCGCGCUUCGGGUUGUCGAUGACGCUGAGGGAUUGCUCGUGCUUUGUCAGGGUGCCGGUCGACCCGGACGCGCCGGUGACGAUCAAGCUCGCUGAUGUGGAUAAGAAGAACUGGCGCCAGAAGCAGGCGUACUGGCAGCGCCGCCACAAUGACCUCGUUGAUGAUGGUUGGUACCGCGGCGCGGAGAAGACGCCUGUUGAGACGGCGUGUGUGCUUUGGCUUGAUUAUUGUCUUGAGAGGGGGCUUGAGAUACCGCCUGCUUUCCGCGAGAGGCUGGGACGACGCUGAUUUGUUUUUUCCCCUCAUUUACCUAUCUACCUCUUCCUACUUACCUGCCUACCUUUCUACCUACCUCUCCCUACCUACCAACCUACCAACCUACCAACCUACCCAUCUAUCUGUUAUAAGGGUCGAGAGCUUGGUGUGGUGCAUUCGGGCGGCCUAAAUAUGUUUAUGGUUUUGGUUUUGUUUCUGUUUUUUUUUUUUGUUUUUUACGUUAUGCCAUGUC